AUGUCACACAGGAAAUUCUCUGCUCCGCGUCAUGGUUCUCUCGGGUUUACACCUAAAAAGCGUUGUCGACGCAUCCGAGGGAAAUGCAAGGCAUUCCCACGGGACAGAAGAUCUCUUCCACCUCAUCUGACUGCUUUCAUGGGAUAUAAAGCAGGAAUGACUCACAUUGUUCGUGAAGUUGAUCGACCUGGAUCCAAGGUUCAUAAGCGUGAGGUUGUUGAACCAGUAACUAUAAUGGAGUGCCCACCUAUGGUAAUCGUUGGGAUGGUUGGUUACGCACCAACUGCCAAGGGUUUAAGGACUUUUAAGACUGUCUGGGCAGAACAUCUUACUGAAGAAUUCAAACGUCGGUUUUACAAAGAUUGGUGCAAGUCUAAGAAAAGAGCUUUCCUGAAAUCUUCAAAGAAAUGGUUAUGUGAAGCAGGCCUUGCACAGAUAAAGCGUGAUCUGAAAAAAAUCAAAAAGUAUUGUACGGUUGUUCGAGCGAUUGCACACACACAGAUGCGCCUGAUGAAACAUCGUCAGAAGAAGUCACAUAUCAUGGAAAUCCAAGUAAAUGGUGGGACUAUUUCACAGAAGGUCGAUUGGAUUCGCCAGCAUUUCGAAAAGCAGAUAUCUGUUUCAAACGUGUUUUCGCAAGAUGAAAUGAUUGAUGUUAUAGGUGUCACCAAAGGUAAAGGUUUUAAAGGCGUUACUUCUCGCUGGCACACCAAAAAGCUUCCUCGAAAAACCCACAAAGGUUUGCGUAAAGUAGCUUGUAUUGGUGCGUGGCAUCCUGCACGUGUAGCAAGAUCAGUUGCUAGGGCUGGUCAAAAGGGUUACUUCCACAGAACAGAGUUAAACAAGAAGAUCUACAAAAUUGGAAUGGGUUUACAAGCUCAACUAGAGGUUGCGAAGUCAGAAGCCUCUAAGGAUGAUAAGGAUAAAAAUGCAGUACCUAAACCUAAAGGCAAUGCGUCCACAGAGUUCGACUUAACGGCUAAAAACAUUACCCCUAUGGGUGGUUUCCCACACUACGGUGAAGUCAGGAACGAUUACGUCAUGAUCAAGGGUUGCUGUAUGGGUCCUAGGAAGCGUGUCAUAACACUUAGGAAAACCUUGAUUCCUCAAGUUAAGACACGAUCAAAAGAGAAGAUUGUCCUGAAAUUUAUCGAUACGUCAUCCAAGUUUGGUCAUGGUCGGUUCCAGACUCGUGCGGAAAAACAGGCUACGAUGGGUCCUUUGAAAAAGUGUCUAGGACGCGCGAAGGUUGUCGCAUAA